UAAACCCGACUAUAUAUACCGCGAAUACUUAAAGUUUAGCACACGCGUUCGCAGUCGCAUUAAGUCCUUAGCCGUUCACCGGGUCGUCUCAUCUAUAUAUACACAAAACAUCACUCGACCGACAAUGCAGGGGCUUAAGACUGUUGGUUUGCUUUGCGCGGUUUUCGUCUGCUUGACGCGCGCCGCGGUGAUUGACGAGCCGUCCGCUCCCGCCCAAUACGACUUCAGCUACGCGGUCAACGAUCCGACCACCGGUGACCAAAAGGACCAACAGGAAUCGAGGAACGGCGACGACGUGACCGGUUACUACCGCACUUUAGACUCGGACGGUUACCUGCGCACCGUCAAGUACAAGGCCGACGCCGUCAACGGAUUCACCGCCGAAGUCGUCCGGGAGCCUGUCAGCGCCGCCGCCGCCGCCGUGCCGGUCGUCGCAAAGGCCGCCGCCGUGAUCAAACCGUUGGUCGCCCCCGUCGUCCCGUACGUCGCACCCGUCCCGUACGUCGCCUCGCCCGCGCCCUUCUACUUCGGUUCGUCCGGUUACCCGUACAACUACCAGCCGUACUCGUACGGCGGUUACCAACAGUACCCGUAUAACGCCGGUUACCCGUAUAACGCUGGUUACUCACCGUACUCGUACAGCCAGUACGCUUACAACGGUCAAUACGGCUCACCGGUCGUCCGCAAGUAAAACACCCGCCCGAAAAACGGCUUUACCGCCUGCACGCGUGUACAUAACACCCGACUCGUCACGCGGAAUGUCACUCAUCCGUCGUUUCCGGCGAGACCAACGUAAUAUUAUGUUCUUCGAUAUUGUAUUUUCUUCUGUUUAAAAUUUCUAUCUCUUUAUUAUUAUAUUAUUAUUGUAUACCUACGACAAUCAUUAUUAUUGUAGUAAUUUUAUGUAAACAAAAAUAAUCACAUCGAUCAAUAAAUUGUACGUACAAUUAUAGUACGUAUUUGUCUCUUCUAUA